ACACGGCAGGAAACCAACUGGCAUUGUCUUUGACGUGCUCCGGCCACAAGUUUUUUUGAGACAAAGGAUUGCUGUCCUUGGAUUCGUUUUGGCCUUGCUUCCUCUCGACCUCCUUAUAUACUACUCUACGCCCCGACUUCUGGACAGACGCGCCUCCACGGCUGAUGGCCUUUACAAUUUGGAGCCUUUAUAAAUCAGGCUUACUCUUUACGAAUGGGGUGGCUGUUUUGCAUCGAAAGCGCUUUUUGCGGAAAUAUGGCUUGGACGUGGCCGAGGUAGCCGACACCACGUCCAUUAGAAACCAAGUGGUUGGUCUGCUGAAUGCCGUCCAAUAUCUGAAAGUGCCCCUGAUCGCCCUCAACAUCGUCACAGUCGUCAUUGAACUCCUCUUUGGCGGGUAAACUUGGUCUCGUGAGUCUCUUCGACGGUCAUGGGCGUGUAUAAGUAGAGACACAGUGGGGAGGGGGUACAGUGACCACGCAUGAAAAAAGACCCCUGUCAAUUUUCGGACGAGGACAGGGGAUAAAGAAGCCUCUUUGCCAG